AUGCGCCUCUAUCCUUUCGUACUCCUCGCCUCGACGGCCGUUCCGACCCGCGUUACUGAUGCCUCGGGGGUAUCUGGUUACUCGCAUACAAGCAACAACUCCACGGCCACGCAUCCUCCGUUCACUGAUGACUCCAACGACGGCCCUGCCAAUCAGCAGCUUGUGGCACAUGGCAUUACGAACGAUGAAGAGAGGGCACCACCAGUGAAACCAUCACAUGACGGCUUGCGAAAGCUUACAAGUGGUAUACAAAAAACGACAAUGUUCAAGCUGUACGGCGGCAUCAGCGGGCCAAAGCUCACUUCAAGCGGUUGGGAUCAAGUGUUAAGCAGAGAUGGAAAUCUAUUACGUAUGGUGGGCACGCGUACAGGAAAUGGAGCUAACCUAGAUGUGGACAUGCAGGAAUUUGUGCAAUUCGCCACAUCACACCUAAGAAAUGUGUUGUCGACGAAUGCGAAUGGAUUUAAGAAAAGAUUCUCAUCGCAGGACAUGUCAACAGAAGGACUCGCUGCAGAGUUAAAAAAACGCCGUUUCUUUAAGGUUUUUGGCUUUGAAAAGGUGCGUAUGUUGCAAGAAUUUCUCGGUUCAUCGGAGAAGGCAACGAAAAAGUUCUUUGACACGCUAUCGAUAGGCUUUGGCAGUGAGCUCGAAUUCGCGCGAUUUCUGUCGAUCGAAAAGCAAAGCCUUGUAAAUGAGCAUGGGGCCGAGAAGCUUCAGAAAGAGCUGCUGACAUUCUGGAAAAAGACCAAGUCCGAAGAGGAAGUGCUGAAGCUUAUCGAUCUGGUGAAGCAAGGCUGGACAUACGAAACUCUGGAUACUUUGGUUCAGUUCGUUGCGCUUGGUGGUUCCCCAGAACCGAAAGAGGUCUACGUGAGAACGAUUAAGCUCAUAACGACGACGAUUAAAAACGAUGAUGACAUCGUACAGGCAAUCGUCAACGGGGAGAAGAAGGAAGCUCAAUCUGUCACGUGGCACACCGGUGCUGCGUAUCAGGACGCCAAGAUUGCGUCGGAAGAGGUUGGGCACACUGAUCUUGCUGAUGAUCUAAAGACGGAGCUACUUCGACAAUGGGAGGCAGAAGGGAAAGACCUUAAGGUUUUGUGCUGGAAGGCCUUUAAAAGUCUGAAAAGGGAAUUAACACAGGAUUCACAGUUCUUGUCGGGCCUUCAGGCGUAG